AUGCCGCCGGCGACGAGGAAGGUCGCACCGGACGGCGGCUGGGCGUGGAUGGUCUGCUUAGGAGUAAGUUUAGUUAAUUUUUCUACACGAUCCCUUGAGCCGUCAUUUGGUCUCCUAUUUAAAGACUUACUUGAUGACUUGGGUGUCCACACGACUGGCGCCUCCGUAAUCGCUAGCACACUGGAUUGUGUGGUGAACUUCUCCGGUUUCUUCGUUGGUCCUGUUAUAAAGACUUUCUCAUAUAGGAAGGUGUGCUUUGUUGGUUCAACGAUAUGUGCCCUAGGACUUUUGUUCACCGCACCGGCUAACAGCAUGGGGCAUAUAUUAGCUACUUAUAGCAUAUUAGGAGGUUUCGGAGUUGGACUUGCGUCGUCGUCUUCAUUCGUAUCUCUCAAUUACUAUUUUUCUAAGAAAAGGGGACAGGCGGUGGGAUUGUCCAUGGCGGGGACGGGUUUUGGGUUGAUGGUAAUGCCACAACUGGUAAAGUUGUUGCUUGGGGAAUAUGGGUUCAGAUGGACGGUUGUGAUAUUGGGUGCGUUGGCUUUCCACGCCGUGCUUGGAUCGUGUCUCCUGCAACCAGUGAAGAGACAUCUUAUCGAUGAACCGGUCGACUGUGAAAUGCAACAAGUAAAGGAGAUGGAAUGCAUACACGAAAGCGACGAGGAAGAAGAUAAGUUCGAAACAAAUCUAUUGGUCAGUCAUCCAAUGCCAAAGUUGACUACACAGCGCUCUCAUACAAAUAUGAACCACCCAUCAGUGCGAACGAUAGGCUUACCGCGGGCGAAAACCUGCGACAAACCAUUGCAGGAGUUCGAAAAAAAUUCAAAGUUAGGAUUCGGCAUGACUACGGCCGCUUCCGUGGCUGCUAUGCAAAGGGUUACUUCCAGUGGAAGCAUGAGCCAAGCGGCGAGGAAAAGGAAGGUGUCCGUCAUAUCAAACAUCUCCAAUAUGGACUUUACCGGCAGUUACUUACAACUGUACCUUGAUACGGCAGACGAUGAUGCCAUACAGAUGAAAGCGAUAAAGAAAUCCGAGCCAGAAAAGGAUAAAAAGAAGGGAUUUUUUAGAAAGUUCAUUGCCCUAAUGGAUUUGGAUCUCUUAAAAGACUGGUCGUUUUUGAACCUUUUACUUGGUUUAUCGCUUUUUUGGAGCGGAGAAUUACAAUUCAGAAUGUUAACGCCAUUUUUUAUCAGAAGCCUCGGGUAUAACAUGAAUGAUACAGCGUUUUGUUUAUCAAUCACUGCCAUAUCUGAUAUUCUUGUCAGAUUAAUUUUGCCGCCAAUUUUUGACAGGACGGAAAUCUCUAAGAAAAUGAUAUUUUUCAUUUCCAGCUUCUUCUUAGCUGCUACGAGAUCCGUUUUGGCCGAGCAAAGUGAAUGGGUGUCCUUGAUGAUCUGGCUGUCUAUAUGCGGUUUCUUCAGAGGCAUGUGCCUAAGCAACUUCACGCUGACAAUUUCUGAGUAUUGUCCACUUGAAAAGUUGCCCGCAGCUUUUGGUUUGCACAUGGUUAGCAAAGGCGUAUUUGUUCUGGCCAUUGGCCCAUUGAUCGGUUAUGUCAGGGACUACACGGGCAGUUUCUCAAUGUGCAUCCACGUGCAAAACGCUCUUAUAAUGUCGUGCGUACUCGUCUGGGGUAUCGAGUACGCACUUGCAUUUACCCGUCGCCGGAAAAUUGUGCAGAUAUAG